GAGGGGAGGAGGUUAGUGACAGAGCUUCAGCAAACCACACAACCCACACAUCAAACAGGACGCAGUGAUGAGCGCGCUGCUCCGACAGCCCAAACUAACAGUGCAGAGAUUUCCACUGAAGAAGACAGCACCAACUUUUGGAUUCUACUCUCAUUUAAAAUAAAAGGCAGCUCACAAAACCAACUUUAACAGAGUGAUUUGGCAGAAAAUAGCAGAGGACAGACCCAAGCUGAUGCUCUGGAAAGCAGCCCUGGACCUGGGUUUGUGAUGUGACCGCUGUCUGCGCCAGAGUGGCGCUUUUACGCACGAUGGAGGAGCUUUUACGCGUGCAGGAGAGUUGGGCGCAUAAUGUUUCGUGGAGCAUCUCAAGUCGUGGAAACGAAAGCCAUGUAGGAAACAACACAGUGAAUCCUUUGAAACGAAACGAAGAAGUGGCCAAAGUGGAGGUUGCCGUCCUGGUGCUGGUGCUCCUGCUCGCUCUGACCGGGAACCUGUGCGUCCUGUGGGCGGUCCACACCACCAAGCACAGCCAGUCUCGGAUGUAUUACUUCAUGAAGCACCUGAGCAUCGCUGACCUCGUCGUCGCGGUCUUUCAGGUCUUGCCGCAGCUCAUUUGGGACAUCACGUUUCGUUUCUACGGGCCGGAUCUGCUGUGCAGGGUGGUUAAAUACCUCCAGGUCGUGGGUAUGUUUGCGUCCACCUACAUGUUGGUCCUGAUGUCCGUCGACAGGUGCGUGGCCAUCUGUGUGCCGCUUCGCUCCGUGCACAAGAGGAAGGAUCGCUUCUGCGUGCUCGCCUCUUGGGCGCUCAGCCUGGUGUUCAGCGCUCCUCAAGCUUACAUCUUUUCUCUGCAGGAGGUCGGGGACGGUGUGUAUGACUGCUGGGGGGACUUCGUGCAGCCGUGGGGGGCCAAAGCGUACAUCACAUGGAUGAGUCUCAGCAUUUACAUCCUCCCAGUGGCUAUUUUGAGCGUCUGCUACGGUUUGAUAUGUUUCAAAAUAUGGCAGAAUUUCAAUUUAAAAACCAGGAGGGAUCACUUCCUGACCCUCACCUCAGACAAGGCCUCCAAAAGCCCGCACCCGCUCUCUCGCGUGAGCAGCGUGAGGCUCAUUUCGAAAGCAAAGAUUCGCACAGUGAAAAUGACGUUUGUUGUGGUGCUUGCCUACAUCGUGUGCUGGACUCCCUUCUUCUUCGUCCAGAUGUGGUCUGCCUGGGAUCCGGCUGCACCGAGAGAAGACAUGGCCUUUAUCAUCGCCAUGUUGCUGGCCAGUCUCAACAGCUGCUGCAACCCCUGGAUCUACAUGUUCUUUGCCGGUCACCUGUUCCACGACCUGGUGCAGUGCUUCUCCUGCUGCUGUCGAAAGCACCUGGCAGACUCCCACUGUGGCUACGAUCAACACGGCAGGCACAAGAGGAACGGCUCCACUUACGUCAUCAAGAACACCAGCAGCCAGCGGAGCCUCACGCACACGUCCAGCACGUGACGCAAACGUCCAGCCGGGACAUUGAAAAGCCAGCUGAACGCCAUCCAAGCAUCCAACAUGCUGUUGAGUAGUGUGGCAAUCAUGUCAUUCCCACAUCUAAUUAUCUGCUGCGCUGCUGUGGUGGUGGCCAUUGCAGCGUGUUCGUUUUCCGAUGCUUGAAACUGGGGUAAAUAGGCAAUGCAAUCCUCCUCUCCAGAGACCAUUCCCUGCACCCAGAGACAACAGAGAGCAGAACAACAUCUCUGUCCAAACUGUGAUGUGAAGUAAGGCUUCUACGCAGGCUACAUCUGGCAUCUGGCAUCAGUUCAAAAGGAUUGAUGCCCUCUGCUUUCGCAAAACAUCGCUUUCCUUUUGAACUCCCUGUCCUGCAUAUACAGUGUGUCUCUUAUUCAUAAGAGUUAUUUUCUGUGUAAACAUAAACAAGUUGUUGUUCAUAUCCUUCAGUGUUGAAGCCUAAAGUCUUGAUGUUGUCCAGACUUGACCUUGAAAGAUAAGCGAUGGUCACAUAUUGUACAAAGAGACUCUUUUAGAAAGCAAAUUUUAAUAUUUUGUCGCUCAGUGCAAAUACCUUAUUUCAAGUAGUGAUUGUUUGACCUUUAAUGCCACAUUAUUUUGUGUACUCACGUUAUUCUAUCAUGUGUGUGGUUAAAUGAAAAUGUUGCAUGGAUUAAGAAAUCUGUGAAGAAAAAAUUCACUCUCAACUUUGGCUUAAUGCAAAAAUGUUCACUGUAACAACUCAAGAAAACAAUCAACAAAGAAAAUCAAUAAGAAUUGAAGCAGCAAUUUAAGCAGCAGACUGCGUGGUUUCAAUGUCGUCAGCAGACUUUCUUGUGUCACAGAUCAAACAGUGUUUGUACCAUGAAAUUCCUUUUGUAAAUAAUUUCCAGUACUUUUCAUGUGUGUCUGAACGUCAUUGUUUUGAUCAACUCCAUCUCUGUUUUCUCAGUGUACAUGAACCUAAGAUUUAAAGCACAUUGAACCCAGUUCGGGACCAAGCUGUGAAAAUGAUUCCCUCUAGUGGCCACAGUGAUUACUCCAAGCAACAGUCUUAUCUUUCUGCUCAGUGUCUCCGGCUUCAUGAUUCCAUAUGAUGUGCCAACUUUUUUAUACUCAACAUAUGGAGAGUUUCACUGUCACGAUCAUAUAAUGUGCAAUCUUACCUCAUUAAGAGUGUUUUGAAAUGUUCUUUAACUUUGUUUGUCAUGGCAAAGGAUUCAAAGAAGACCUUGUGGUUUUGAGCAGCACACGGGGUGAAGUUUGAAGAUGGAGGAGAACAUUCAUACAUGCAGUUUCAAUCAUAGCCACAUAACGUGGGAGAGAUUAGCAUCAGUUUAAUGGAGUAAGAACAUAUAUGUUAUAUUUAAGAAAAUAUUUUAUGUAUAUAAAGUUGAUACGGUCGAUAUUG